AUGCCGAAGGAGCCGCGUAGUGUUUCUAUGGGCGUCAUUAGUGCGGCCCCGCUGCACGCUGCGUCAAAGAAACUUAAGUUUGCCACAGAGGUGACAACACUCGGCAAGACGUCUACACGCAAAGCGUCAAAGAAGAGCGAGCAGCAAGUUGGAUUAAAAACAGGUGGAAGUCAGAGUGGUAUGGUCUUUAAUAAGGGUUUUGGGCAGCAUAUUCUGAAGAACCCGCUUGUAAUUGCCGCUAUUGUUGAGAAGGCGGCGAUCAAACCAACGGAUGUUGUGUUGGAGAUUGGCCCUGGAACGGGGAAUCUCACAGAGAAAUUGCUGCAAACGGCGAAGCGAGUUAUUGCCUUUGAAGUUGACCCGCGAAUGGUGGCAGAACUCAACAAGCGAUUUCAGAAUACUCCACUCGCGGCGAAACUACAGGUGAUUCGUGGAAACUGUUUAGAUCAUGAAUUUCCCUUCUUUGAUAAGUGUGUGGCUAAUGUGCCCUAUGCCAUUUCCUCUGCUCUUGUUUUCAAAUUGCUGAAGAAACCAACAUUUAAGUGUGCUGUGCUGAUGUUCCAGCGAGAGUUUGCUCUUCGUGUGUGUGCGCAGCCCGGAUCAGAGGCGUACUGCCGUCUAUCUGUUAACUCCCAGCUACUGGCACGCUGCAGUCAUCUGAUGAAAAUCAGUAAAAACAGCUUUAAUCCUCCACCAAAGGUAGAAUCCAGUGUUAUUCGCCUUGAUCCAAAACAUCCACCACCAGAUGUUGACUUUGAAGAAUGGGAUGGACUUGUUAAAUUCAUUUUUAACAGAAAAAACAAGAAGGUCUCAUCUAUCUUUCGUACAAAGAACGCAUUGCAGACAUUGUAUGAGAAAUACUGCAGUUACCAAAAGAUGGAAGGGGCAAAAGAGGUGAAAAGUCUUGCAGAGUUCAAAGAAUUAUUGGAGUCGGUCAUUCAAAAUCCGGUAUUUGAAAAACGUGCAAGGGUACUAGACCAAGAAGCUAUUACAGAUCUUCUUUGCCACUUUACAACAAAUGGUAUUCACUUUGUGUAG